AUGCCAGAAGAAGGAAAAAAGAAUAGACAAAAAGGUCGAAAUGAUCCUAAAGAACAGAGGCGACCACGGCAGCGGCACCAGCCUGUACCUGCGGAAAACAAAGUGGAAAAGAAAGAAGAUGAAUCAAAAGCUACACAAAAACCCAUUUAUGAAGAACCAGGGCCAGAAUUCUACAAAAGCUUGAAAAGAGAAACAGACGACAUCCUAAAAAUAACUGAAGAAGAGAAUUCGAAGUAUAAAAAAAAAGAUAUACAAAGCAACUGGUCUAAAUAUGAAAUGCCUAUAGAAAGUUAUGAUGAUAUUCAAGAACAAGAAAAUAUGGGAGCGGAUUAUGAAACACUAGUCCAGGCACCACAAUCUAUUGGUGGUUACUUCCAAUUCAAACAUGAAAAGUCAUGGGAUGUGGACAUUGGUCCUUCUCCGUAUGACAAAUAUUUUGACAUUAAUGGAGAUCACUUAUUUUUAUCAUUAUCAACUAUACCAUUUUUUGAACGUAAUAAUAUACAAAAAGAGAUAUUCACUGAAACUGACCUUUUAAAUAUGAAUAAUAGAGCAACACGGUUUAAACAAAAAUAUGGCAAUGAUGUACUAAAUGAAACUUCAAAUUUAAUAGUAACUAAACUUCUAAAAACUGAUAUUUUGAAAGGCUCAGAUGAGGGCAUUGACAAAAAUGAGAAAGAAAACUUUAGAAAUGAACAAGAAGAUAUUAUUGUUGAACCCACUGAAAAUCAAAUAUCUCUACAAAAAAGUAUUUUGGAAACACCUAUCAAGGAAAUACAUGAAAAAUGCUCAAGUGUUUUAGUUACAGAACAUACUUUAUCUGAAACAGAUGAAAUAGAAGUAGAUAGAUCAUUUAUCAAUAAAAAUAAAACAACACAAAAUAAUAGAAAAAGUGAUAGCAGUUUGGAAAACAUUGAUGUUUUCUUAGGAAACAAUGUCAUUACAAUUGAAACUGAAAAUAAGGAAGAUAUAAUUGAAAUUCCUAAAGAUUUGGCAUCUACGUCGAAUAAUAAAACAGAAACUGACAAACCGCCACUUAUUGAAACGCCUGAAGAUUUAGAAAAAUGGCUUGAUGACUUUUUAGAUGAAUAA